AUGGCCGAAGGCGGCAUAAUACCGAUAAAUAUAGUUAAACAGCUUACAAAUAAAAAUUAUUAUGUUUGGGCGUUAAAAAUAAGUGCGAUAUUAAGAAGUAGAAAAUUAUAUAAAGAAGUAAUAGAGGCUGCGGAACCUCCGAUAUCUGCAAACUUAGAAUCUCCCGAGGCAAAGGUUAGAGCCACGUGCGAAGCAAAAAAUGACGAAGCGUUCAGUCUUAUAAUAUUAACCUUGUCGGAAGAACAAGCAGGCCAAUUUCUGAAUGAAUCGUCAGCUAAAGCAGUAUGGGAAAAAUUAAAGCAGAGAUUUUCCGGAAAUGUAGAAGACCGAAAAAUAGAUGUAAGCAUCGAGUUAAAAAAUAUAAAAAUGAAUAGUCAUGAAUCGGUACAGGAAUAUAUUACACGUGCUAAAAAUAUUGCAUCACGAAGUGCAGCUCUGGGCCAAAUAAUAUCUGAUAGUGAAUUAACCUUUCAUGUGGUAAGAGGAAUUCACCCCAAAAUGGAAAAAACAGCUAGCGUUUUAAGAACACAGAGGUCGUUGACAAUAGAAGAAAUUGAACAAGCUUUGUCAGAAGAGGAGGCACGAAGCACAAGUCAGAGUGCUCCGUCCCCAUGUACAUGGAAAGGUGAGAAAGCUUAUCAUGCUACUGAACAUCAAUACUUGGGAUGUUUAUGGGAUUGA